GAACUCCCUCCACUGUAUAAGAUUUUAAGCUUAGAUAUGUGAAAAUUCUGACUUUUGGAUUUUCUUUUCUUAAUUUUAAUGAAGAUGAUUAAUUUCUACCUUCAUUAAAUACGCGAAUCUUAAAAACAUAGGCACUUUACUCAUUUGUUUAUAUCUGCUGGAAAAAGACGAAGAAGAAGAAAUAUGAAUAACAGGGAUGGAGACCAAGUGGAGCAACUGCUUCAGGCCGCUCAAGACGAGUUGAUCCUAAAGCUUUCCGUCGAUUCUCAUAUGUCCCAUGUCUCCCCCGACCGCCUCCCUCCCGAUCUAGACCGUCGAUUCCAGGCUCUCAAAUCUCGACCAUCUUCAAUAGGCACCGCUAAUCAAUCAUCAAUCUCAACAAACCGCCAAUUGCCGCCUGAUGCCGAUGAUCUGUUGGCGAGAUUUGCUGCUCUCAAAGCUUCCUCAUCUAGCACUAAAGACAGCGAUGUUGCUGGAAUUGGUCGAGAGUGCGGUGGCGACAGCGAUGUGGAAGAGGACGAGGUUGGGAAGAUCAUUCAGUGGGCCAAGGACGCUGCUCGUCUGGACCCCUCCCCACCGUCCGAUGAUGAUGAUGUAAUUGAUGACGACGAUGAUUCAACGGACGGAGAGGGUGAAGAUAAAAACAGAGUGGACAAGACAAAGCGUUACCAGCCCUAGUGGGUCGUUUAUUUCAUACUAUUAUUAUUAUUAAAGGAAGAUAGUCUCUCUGUCGAUAUGGCGACUCUCUCAGUGGAUGGUGAGGAGGUUGGGGGGGAUCGAGUUUCAACUGGAGGAGGUUAAGGAGGUUUCAGAGGCUGCUGAUUUGUGUUUGGUUGGUCGUUUCCUUACUGAACGUCCAAUCAAUUUUCAUGCUAUGCAACAUGCCAUGGCGGCAUUGUGGUGUCCGACGGAGAAGAUAUCAGUAAGAGAGGUAGGAGGAUGUGUUUAUGUUUUUAAGUUUUUCCUUUUUGUGGAUCGUGAUCGAGCUCUCUCCAUGUGUCCCUGUACUUUUAACAAUUACAUUUUGCUGCUUGAGAAAAUGGAUGGAUUUCAUUAUCCUUUGGAUGUUCCUCUGAAUCAUCUUUAUCUAUGGGUUCAGAUUCAUGGUUUGCCAAGGGGUUUUAAUUCUGAACAUGUGUUUAAAAGAUUGGGUGAUGAGUUAGGGGAGUUUGUUGAAUCGGAUGAAUAUAAUUUCAAAAAUCUAUGGAAUUCUUAUAUGCGAAUCCGAGUCCGUUAUAAUGUUAAUCGCCCCUUAUGCACUGAGACCAGAUUGAGGAAGGCAGGCGAAGAAGGGUCUACUGUUACUUUUGUUUAUGAGCGAGCUCCUACCUUCUGUUAUAUCCAUGGUUUGUUUGGCCAUGGAGAACGUUUUUGCCCCAAGCUUAUAGAGUUGGCUGGACAACCAGUUGUUCGCAAGUAUGGUUCUCAUCUUCGAGCUAAUCCUCGACGUGAUAAGUUCAACAUUGGUUCGAAGUGGCUGCGAGACGAUUUCAAUGUUCAGGAUUCCGGCCGUGGUUCAUGGCAGGUUCCGGCGUAGUCAGUACAACGCCAAAACAGUUAUGGAAAGUCCACUAAUAAUGGUGAUAUCCCUGAUUUGCAGCACCAAGAAUAUUUAGGCAGAAAUCAAGGGAUUCCUCAAUCACAAGGAGGCCCUAGUUCAAAUUUGAAUUUGGAAAAAACAGUUAAUCAGGGAGUGACUGUAGUUGACCCAAAAAGGAGGCGUGUUGGCAAAGAUAAGCUGGAUGGGCUGGAUGGUGGGGUUGCUAAUGGGCCAAAAAACUUGAUAAUGACGGGACCUGAAAGUCAAGCCCGUCUACAGAAAUGAGUUGCAUUAGUUAGAAUUAUCGUGGGUUUGGGAACGAUGUGCAAUGGCUGUCAAAUUUUAUUUUCUUGCUAGAAACUUUUUGUUUGAUUAAUAAAAUUGAUGAAAUAAAAAUAUUUUGGGUUAUGAUGGCUAUGUUAGUGUGGACUGUAUGGGUCGAAGUAGUGGUCUUGCUUUGCUUUGGAAGUCUGAAUUCCGUUGCUGCUCGUAGUUCUUCUUUCUGGCAUAUUGAUGUGGAGACUGAUAUUUCAGAAUUGGGCUUAUGGCGGUUGAUAGGCUUUUACGGAAGGCCUAGCAAAUCCCAAAGGCAACAUUCUUGGGAGCUUCUCAGGGAUUUGGCCCAGCAGAGCUCUCUUUCAUGGGUCUGUUGCGGUGAUUUUAAUUCUAUUUUGGAGCACAAUGAGAAAAGAGGAGCUAAUCAACAGCCCAAUAAUCUUAAAGAUUUUAGAGAGGCUAUUCUUGACUCUGGGCUUAUUGACUUUCCCAUGUCGGGUUAUCGGUUUACUUGGGGCAAUGGGAGACAAUCAGUUUUGGGUUGAGGCUAAGUCGGAUCGGUUUUUGGUUAAUGAUGCUUGGAGGUCUCAGUUUGGGUUGCCACUGCCAGAGUUCUUGAUUUUUCAUCAUCCGACCAUCUCCCUAUUCUUCUCCGGACUAAAAUUUUUGUCCCUUGUGAAAGAGCUCAUUUGUUCCGUUAUGAGAAUGCCUGGGGUCGGGAACAGGAGUGCAAGCUUCUUGUGGAACAGAUUUGGCAGAGUUUUAAUUCAAGCUCCCUGUUAGAUAAGCUCGCUAUUUGUAGCGACCAGCUUUCUAUUUGGGGUUUGGAUUUCAGAAAGAAGCAUCAAGUAGAGAUCGAUUUAUGCAAAUCAAAACUUCGUUCUUUUAGGGGGUUUCGAGAUGCUCGUAGUAGGGAGAAAUUCCUUGAGGCAAAGAAUCGGUUGUUUGAAUUGAUGAAUCAACGAGAGCUUUUCUGGAAACAAAGGGCGAAGGAGUUUUGGUUAAAGCAUGGGGAUCAGAACACAAAAUUUUUCCACCGUAAGGUAACAAUUCAGCAGCAAAAGAAUCAGAUUAACAAGUUGAGGGAUGGGGAAUGGCACGGUUGGGAAUCUGGUCUGGGGGAUCUGAUUUCAGGUUGCUUCUCGGAUUUGUUUAAAUCCAAUGUAGGUGAUGGUUCCACAAUUCUUAAAUCUCAUUUCUACCCAAAUUUCUUCUGCACAAAAUGAUGUGUUAUUGGCUCCCUAUACCCCUAAAGAGGUUAAAGCUGCUGUUAUGAGUAUGCAUGCCGAUAAGUCCCCUGACUUAAAUGGUUUUAAUUCGGGGUUUUACCAGCAGUAUUGAAGUAUUAUUGGUCCUCAAGUUUCUGUGUUUUGUAUUCGGUGUCUUCAUGAGGGCUCCUUUACAAGUGAGCUUAAUGAGACGGCCAUUGUUUUGAUACCUAAGAAGAAGGCUCCUGAGAAGAUGACAGAUUUGCGGCCCAUAGCUCUCUGUAAGGGUCUUUAUAAAAUUAUUUCAAAAAUGGUUGCUAAUCGUUUGAAGCUUCUAUUACCUGCAAUUAUUUCUCCUAGUCAAAGUGCCUUUGUUCCAGGCAAGAUAAUUCUAUUAUUGCGUACGAGUUGAUGCAUUUUAUGAAGGGUCGACGAAGGGGUAAGGAGGGAUAUGCAGCCUUGAAAAUUGAUGUUAGUAAAGCCUACGACAGGUUGGAAUGAUCCUUUCUUCGGCAGAUGUUGCUUAAGAUGGGUUUUCAUAUCAAGUUUGUGGACUUCUUGAUGCUCUGUGUCUCUACUGUAUCCUUUCGAGAUUUUGCAGCAAGGAAGUCUUUUGGGGUUGAUAUCGCCACAGCGGGGGUUGAGACAAGGGGACCCCCUAUCCCCCUAUUUGUUUAUUCUCUGUAUAGAAGGGUUGUCCCAAUUGGUUCAGACGAAGGUUCAAGAUCAGUCCUUACAUGGGUGUUCUAUUUGUGGUGGAGCUCUAGAAAUCUCGCACCUUUUCUUCGCAGAUGAUAGUGUUUUCUUCUUUAGAGCCCAUGAAGACGAAGCUGUUGUCCUUAAAGAUGUUUUGGAUGUGUACGCUGGUGCAUCAGGUCAGCUUAUUAAUUACUCUAAAUCCCUCAUUUGCUUUAGUACUAAUACAUCUUUGGAGUUGAGGCAAUGUGUCUGUGGUAUUUUGGAUGUUCCGGAGCAUGAAAAUCUUGGUCAGUAUCUUGGACUUUCUACAGCAAUUGGUAGAAAUAAACAGGAGGUCUUUAAGUUUGUGAAAGAUAGAGUCUGGUCUCGAUUGAAUUCUUGGAAGCAUAAAGCUCUAUCUAAAUCAGGUAAGGAGGUGUUGAUUAAAAUAGUGCUCCAGGCUUUGCCCAAUUAUGUUAUGAGUCUAUUUCUUCUCCCAAAAUCUAUUUCGAAUGUUAUCCAGGGUAUUAUAGCAAAAUUUUGGUGGGGCUCGGGAGGAAAUAAUGGACGUGGUAUUCAUUGGGUUAGCUGGGAUAGACUUUCUCAACAUAGGAGCCAUGGUGGGUUGAGCUUUAAAAAGCUUCGGGAUUUUAAUGUCGCAAUGUUGGGUAGAUCGGGUGGAGCCUUCAUACGAAGCCUAACUCGCUGGUUUGCCAGCUUCUUAAAGCUAGAUAUUAUUCAUCUACUACGUUCUUAGAGGCUCCUUUGGGUUCAAACCCAAGCUAUGUGUGGCGUAGUAUUCGGGAGUCUCAAGGUGUUCUUAAGUCGGGCUUGUUAUGGAAAAUUGAUAAAGGGGAGGCUGUUUCAAUAUGGUUAGAUCCUUGGAUUCCGGAUCCGGAGAAUCCUUUUGUGACUUCUGAUUUUGAUGUGGCUAAUGGGGUGUUCUUUGUGUCUGAUCUGAUUUCUAAUGGGCGGUGGAACGUCAAUCUUAUCUCUUCAAUCUUUAAUCAAAGGGAUAGAGAUUUUAUUUUGGCGAUUCUAUUGGCUGUAUCGGCUACUGUGGAUUCUCAGUUUGGAAAGUAUUCGGUGAAGAGUGAUUAUCGUCGUUUAGCUAACUCGACUGAGGUUGUUGUACCAAAUGAUGUGAAGGCUAUGUGGAAUAAAUUUUGGAAAGUGCCAGCUGCUCCUAAGGUGAAGAAUUUUGUCUGGCGAGCUAUUGGUGGGGCUGUUCCUUGCCGUUCCUCUUUACUCUAUAGGCAUGUUCCGAUUAUGGAUGAAUGUCCUUUUUGUUUGCAAGGAUCGGAGACGGUGUUACAUCUGUUGAUUGAUUGUGAUUUUGCUAAAAUAGUAUGGCAUUCUUCUUAUUUGGGUUGGUUUACACUUCCUACGAACUCUUUUGUUGAUUGGUUGAAGUCAAUUCUAGCUCUCUUCAAUCCAAAAGAUGCGGCUGCAACUGGAUGAUUUGGAAUGCUCGGAAUGAUGUGGUUUGGAAGAAUAACUAUGUGAGCCCUAUUGUUUGUUGGUAUAAGGCGAAUGUUUUCUGUAAUGCAUGGUGGUCUGUUAAUAUCGCUCCCCUGCCUGCUGUUGCUCCUUCCAGAGUUGAGAUUUGGCGUCCUCCUCCAUCAGGUUGGUUGAAGCUUAAUGUGGAUAUAGCUACUGGUAUUGAUAAUAUGUACAGGGGGAUUGGUAUUGGGAGUUCGGUUGGAUAUGGGCUAUUUUUUUGCUUGCAAGAUUAUGAGAGUUGUUGGAUUAGCAUCUCCUCUUAACGCUGAAUUGGUGGGCAUCCGGGAAGUUUUGAGCUGGAUUAAAGAUCAAGAAUGGCAAAAAGUGAAAGUCGAAGUAGAUAAUGUGCAGGCUAUACGGGCUGUUACUUCUCCUGGAUAUUCUGGUUUGAUAGCAACUGAGGGAGUUGUUUUGGAUUGUAAAUUUCUUUUGAAUAGAAUUAGUUGUGAUGUUAGAUUUCAUCAUGUAUCACGCUCGACGAAUGAGUUUGCGGAUAAUCUUACUCAAGCAAUUCGUUCGUCUUCGAGCUUAGGAGAGUGAUAUACAAAUCCACCUGAUUUUAUUUCUUUGGC